GCGCUAGUGGACUCCCAACAGCUAGCUGGCUAGGGCGUUGCUAGCGGCAGAAAGUGGGAUUUUUGGUACCUUUCCGCAAGUUAUAUUCUUGUACAAAUAACGUCUUGCGGUGUAAAAAAGUGCGUUUCAUGUUUGCUAAAAGUUUUACAGCGUCUCUGUGGGUUUUUCGUCGUUGUUUACAGAGGAGUGGUGUUACUUUCUGUCCCGUUAGCUGGCCACAUAACUAGCCUGCUCGCAUCCACGGGAAUUCUGCCGAGAAACGACUGAAUUCUGGAAACAUGGAGUCAAGGAACGUCGCGCUGUGCUAACCGACUUCACUGGAUUUUCUCUCGUCAAGGAGACUUUUUGAAGGACAAAACACGGAGACACAUCGCCUGCCAGUCAACAUACAUGCCGUGCUGUAUAUAUAUGUUUCGGUGUUUGGCCGGCUCAUUGUUGUGAACGGGAGUUUGCUUAGUUUGCACUCGAAACAAGAGCAUACGAAGCAAAGUUUUUUUGCUGCAAGAGCUCAUCUGUUUUGUUAGCUGGUAGCUCGCGAGCAAGCAUACCCAUGAGAAAGCAUAUUUAAGAAACAAGAAACGUGCUUUUUAAUCGACCGUCUAAUCUGUUUUGUUUCGUAUCUUACGUCAGUAUAAUAUUAGCUGCAGUUGUUUUGCUAGUGUGUAACACGGGUCGUUUAAAGCUCGCUAUUGAGCGAUUCUCAUGGUCACGGGAGAUUCGUCCCCACAGCCUCAGACAGGCAUUUCUGGGAGCAGGGAAUACCAAAUGGGACUGGAGGAAUUUUCAGCAUCUUCAAAGAUCAUUUAGGAACCGAGGCCAUUCAGCCGAGCCAGGGUGGUGGCAGACGGACUAUAUCGCUGGGCCGAGGUGUCUGUUACAUUGCAAUACGGAUUGUUUACACGUUUCACAUCGGCGGAAAACGGGGAUGUGAAUGCACAGGAUCCAUACACGAGGAGUUCUUGAAUGCACAAGAACUUGCGCCAGCUGGUGCAGUGUAUUUAUUCUUGUAGCCAAAAUAUUGUUCAUUGCCGGGGUAGGAUAUCAUCUGACUGUGCAGCUAAUAUAUCAGAGGCCCUGAUUAAUUUUUAAGGUCUGCACUGUAGAAAUCUUUCUCACUGCUGUUACAUUUUGACAAGGACUGUCGGAGAACAGAUAGCAUUUAGGCAGUAUUUUGUCCCCUGGAGUGUUUGGACGUGCCAGCUGUGUCCUACAUUGAUUUAUGUUCAACAGCACCAGUCUUUAAUUCCUUGCCUACUUCAGACGAAUGCCAGAGAAGGACGCGCCACUAAAUCGCCUCAUCACACUCUGGAAAAUGUUAAUCGGAUAUAAUUUGCUGCAAAUCUAGAACCGGAAGCCCAAUGAGUGACACACAGUCCAGCUUCACUGACAGGUUUCCCAAGAAAGCAAAUAGAACCAGCAGCAUUCUCAGUAAAGACCACCCCCCAGACAAGAAACCCAAAAGUGACAAAAGCUCACUUCCCUCCAAUGAGUUCGACCCUACAGAAGCUCUGGUGGUGCAGAAGAGUGGCAGCAGCAGUGUGCUAGCAGAGGGGAAGCCUGAGUCCUGUGGUCUGGUUCAGCGAUGUGUAAUCAUCCAGAAAGAUGAAAAUGGCUUUGGGCUCACUGUCAGCGGGGACAACCCAGUGUUUGUGCAGCUUGUCAAGGAAGAUGGGGCAGCUAUGCGGGCAGGUGUUCAGACAGGAGACAGGAUCAUCAAGGUUAAUGGGACCCUUGUUACACAUUCUAAUCACAUUGAGGUGGUGAAGCUCAUCAAAUCGGGCUCCUAUGUGGCCCUCACAGUGUUGGGGCGCCCCCCAGGGCUCCCCCAGAUUCCCUUGUCAGAAGCAGAGUCUGAAAUGUUGGGCGUUAGCAUUUCCUCGCCAAACUCACCAGCAACAGAACGCCCCUACAGUCCUCUGGACCGCUUCUCCUCUGCUCACACAUCAUGGGACGAGAACAGCAGUGUCUGCAACCAGAAGGUUGACGUGCUACAAAAGAUGCUCUCAAGAGAACAACAGGAGCUUCAGGCCAUGAAGGAGGAGUACAGCAGGAACCCCUCCCCCAGACUACUGAAAGAUAUCCAGGAAGCUAAAAAACACAUUCCUCAGCUGCAGGGUCAGCUCUUAAAGGCCACUGGGGCAUCACAGGAGGCUGUUCCAGGAGGCGACGCAGAUGAUGGUAGCAUGUUUGAAUUAGAGCACACCCCUGCCUCCAAGGGAGACAACAGUACAGACCUGUCCUGGAGCAGCACUCCUAUAUCUCGGGGAUUUGGGCCUGGAUCUCCAGACAACUUCUGCCCAAGCCCAAAGAGCACUCCCAGAAACAGUUUAAACUCCUGCCACUCUCCAGAGGCGGAGGAUGCCACUGACCUGGACUCUCUGUCCCCUACCACAGUUAGCAGCCCCUCUUCUUCCCGUCUCGUCUCACAAAUCAUUGGAGCUGAAGAUGACUAUUUUGAUUCGGACCAGGAGCAGACAAACGGCCAGUGUAACAUUUUUAACAGCAUUGAUCAGCUCAAGUCUCGACCCGCCCACCUUGCAGCCUUCCUUCACCAUGUCAUCUCUCAGUUUGACCCUGCUCCUGUGCUGUGCUACCUCUAUGCUGACCUCUACAAGCAGACCAACUCCAAAGAGACCAGACGGGUCUUCAUGGACCUCCACACGUUUUUCAUCGACCGGGGAGCAAAUUUAAAAGUUGUCGUUCCUGAAUCCAUAUCUGCUGAUCUUGAUCGAAGGCGGACAGAACUGAUCCCGGAGGAAAUAAACAGACAACAUGUUCAAACGUUGCAGGACUCACUGCUUCCUGAUAUUCAGAGGAACCUAGAGGAUUUCAGGCAAAAGCGCAGUAUGGGCCUAACGGUGGCUGAAGUAGAGUUGGCCAGACUUGACCAAGAGAGAGUCAGAGAUCGUGUCACUCUGGAACGAGAGCGCUCUUAUGCUGAAAACAUCAUCACCAAAAUAGAGGAUAUCCUGUUAACUACUCAGACAACAGAAGAAGAGAAAUGCACUACAAUGCAGUAUGUCAUCUAUACAUACAUGAAGCACCUUGGCGUGAGGGUAAAGGAGCCUCGCAGUCUAGAAUCCAAACGGGUCAGGAUCAACUUCCUCCCCAAAAUCAAGAAAAGCAUCAAGACUGAAAAAGAAGGAGAGGAGAAGGUGAAGAAACCCAGAUUUCCCAGCAUCCUAGGACCGCAGCGUCGACCCAGCCGCAUUGAGGCAGCACCAGUGGGUAAAGCCUUGGACAGUCGGCCCAGGCCUCAGAAACAGUUGUCUCAGCCCUCGCUGGGUGCUAGCGACCACACAGAAGGUGGCCGUCUACGAGGCAGCCAAUCAAGCGAGGGCUCUGAACUCACACACUCCACGUCCGUCAACACCUCAUCCCCUGGCAGCGCCACCUUUAGCUCUGACACCAGCAGAGAUACUGAAAUGGGUGGAACUCCAACCUCAGCCCCUUCCAGGCUGAGUGACGGUCUUCAAUCUGACCCUCUUGAUGGGUUACCAUACCCUGCAUCGCACUUUGAUCUUUACAGCCUGGACCAACUGCAAGAGGAUGACAGAGAAAGUGACAGAGCCCAUGAGGGAACACCAAAGGCCUUAAGAAGGCUUGAGGGACUGGGAGCUGCUGAUGUCCAGAGUGAGGAUGACCAGGGAACAGACUCCGAGCAUGACCCUCCAAACUGGCAGCAGCUGGUGGGGAGAGAGGUCCUGGCGGGUCUCAGGCCUCAGGAAAUCAAGAGACAGGAAGUCAUUAAUGAGCUGUUUUACACUGAGCGAGCACAUGUGCGGAUGCUGAGAGUUUUGGACCACGUUUUCUACCAAAAGCUAUCCAAGGAAGCCAUUCUGCCUCCUGUUGACAUCAAGAACAUCUUUACCAACCUGGACGAGAUUCUACAGCUGCAUGUUUCAAUACUGGAGCAAAUGGCAGCUGUUCGGAAGAGGAAUGAGUCUUCAGUAAUUGAUCAGAUAGGAGAUGACUUGCUCUCCUGGUUUGGUGGUGGAGAGGAGGAGAAGAUCAAGCAGGCAGUGGGGACGUUCUGUAGUAACCAGCCAUUUGCUCUGGAGAUCAUCAAGACCAAGCAGAAGAAGGACUCGCGGUUUACUUCAUUUAUUCAGGAGGCAGAGAGUAACAGAUUGUGCCGCCGACUACAGCUUAAGGACAUCAUUCCUGUGGAGAUGCAGCGACUCACCAAGUACCCCCUGCUACUCGACAACAUCGCCAAGUACACAGAUAGUGCAGUGGAGAAGGACAAAGUGAAGCAGGCAGCAGAGUGCUGUAGGAAGAUCCUCAAUCAUGUUAACCAGGCGGUGAAGGAAUCUGAGGACAAGCAGAGGUUGGAGGACUAUCAGAGGAGAUUGGACCUUUCCUCUCUAAAACAGACAGACAACCCCAUGAUCCUGGAGCUAAAGAACUUGGAUCUAACCAAGAGAACAAUGGUGCAUGAAGGUCCGCUGUCAUGGAAGGUUAACAAGGACAAGACUAUUGAGCUUUACACACUCCUCCUGGAAGACAUCCUAGUUCUGCUACAGAAACAAGAUGAGCGUCUGAUCCUCAAGUGUCAUAGUAAAAACCUGGCAGGCACAGCAGAUACAAAACACAUCUUCAGCCCGAUCAUCAAACUCAACACUGUGUUGGUGCGCUCUGUGGCCACAGACAACAAGUCGUUCUUUGUCCUUUCCAUGUCAGAAAAUGGAGCUCAGAUCUAUGAGCUGAUGGCACCUACGGUCUCAGACCAGAUAACGUGGCAGCGUCUAAUCACCCAGAGAGCUGAUGCUAUGAAAGUCAAACCUCACAAUGUCAUACCACUACCUCAGACUGAUGGGGAGAGAGACGGUGUGGAAAUCAUAACAGCAGGUGUUUCCAGGCUGAGCAGGGACCCUGACCGCACAUCUACUGGCAGCACCCAGUCCACAGAUAAAGAGAGCAGUCCAGCUUCCAGAAAUGAGCUGCAGAGUUGUCUACCAGGAAGUAACCCAUUUGAGGGAGGUAAAGCAGAGGAAGAAGAAGGUUUUGUGGACCCAGAGAUUCCAUACCAAGUGGCUGAAGAUGGAAAAGAAGGAGACUCAUUUAACAUGUUUCCCUCCAGAGCUGAUGAAGCACUAAAAACAUUGGCAGCCUUAAAGCAGGUGUUGGUGACCCAGCUGAUGUCCCAGGAGGCAGUAGAGCAAACCAAACGCUCCACCGGGGCCCGUCUCCUCAGGACCACCUCUUUGCGGACUCCUGUAGACAGUCGUGCUCGGGUGAUGGUUCACAACGGUUCAGAUAAGAACAGCCCCCAGACAGAGGACAGGACUCAGGAUCUAGGCUCUGGAGACACAGGCUUCUUUGAUUCUCCUGAAGAUUAUGCAGGAUAUUUGGUCCUGGAGGGAUAUGGUGGUCCAGGGGAGACUAGCACAGAUGACGACAUCUUGGCAUCAACUACAGGGAAGCAGCUGCGCUCAUCACAAGGCUGUGCCACCGACUCUGGCAUCAACUUGAGGUUCUCUUCAACAUCACAGGCCGGCAGCCUCUCCUCUUUUAGCAGACAGGUCUUGUCUCACCUCAGAAACCUUCAAGCCAACCUCAACUAUCUAAAGGAGGUGGAGGUUAAGUACAAUAAUCUAAUACGCCAAAGGCCAGAGAAGGCAGCAGCAGACACAGAUGGAAGUAAAGACAAGAGAUAGUGGAAGUCCGUGCCUCAGCAUUCGAAUCUGGUCCCAAAGAGGAAGCACCGACUUGCAGUCUGUUCUUACUUCAUGUGUCCUGGACUUUUCAGGAGAUCAUAUAAGCUUGUCCUCUCACUGCUGAGCCCCUCCUUAUUUCUAUCGCAGUUGUCUCACGGUCGCCACAGAGAAUGAGAGACUUAAGCAUAAGCAGAAUUGUUUGAAGGGAGGAGUAAUCUCUGUGAUGCCAACGCCCCCUCAGCACAAGGCAAUCAGGGAUGUGGGAUUGCCCCCAAACCUCACCCCUCUUCCCUCAAGCAUCUAACACCCAUUUUCCCCAGAUCCCCUGUAAGAAAGAGAACUUAUACCAAAAUGUACAAAGAUGUGUGUUUAGAAUAUAUAUAUAUAUAUAUAGAUAUAUAUAUAUGAAACACAAAACAAGAAAAGGAAAAUUUUAAGAUAACGUAUUAAGAUUUUUUUUUUUUUAUCCCAAGAUGUAUUUAUUUUCUUUCUUUUCAUUUUUUAAGUGUUUCCCAUGUUGCUUGCAUGCUUUUGGCCAUGGUGUUAACCUUUUUGACUGCUUUUCCUGCUUCAGUCAUACAGGGUUAGUGUGAGUGUUGAUAGCACGCUAGCAUACUAGCAACGCUAGCCAAGCAUCCCCAGAUGUAAUGGUGGGAAUAUACUUGGACUGAUAGAGGCCAGAGUUGCACUGGUGAUAAAUAGAUCCCAUUGUGUUUAAAAAAAUAUCUGAAAUUGUGUUGAAGUCUAGAAUUUCAGGUGAAUUCUAGGUAUGGUGUUAACUAGAAUGAAGAGUCUGAAGGCUCUGAUCUGGUCCUGUUGCAUUUCUGUGCUGCCUCCUUCUUCUUCCAUCUCCUCCUCUUCAUGAUGAGAUGCAUUUGUCACUUGUCAGCUCCUUUCUUCUUCUGUCUUUGAUUCUGCCACUUCUUUUCCUCUCCAUCUAAACACUUAUAGGUGUUGUCCUUUUCCUUCUCCUUUUCCUCACAGCCCUGUGGCUUUCAUGCUUAUUUAUCCCCUCCUACACUCUUUAUGUCAUACUUCCUUGUUUUCCUUUGGGUAUCUUCCCCCUUCCCCUCCUCAUCUACAAGGAGCAGCCGUGCUCUUUUUGUAUCAGCUCCAGACAGAAAUGCUGCUUCUUUCCGCUACUGCUGAUCUGACUGCCUGAUAUUCUAAUAAUGUAAUGAAGUUCAACAUAUACUGUAAAAUGAUCAAGUUGGAAGGUUAUGCAUAACUUUAAUAAAUAAAUUGUGCCAUGACACAUUCUAAAAGGAAAAACAUGCAUGUUCUUUCUCUUGAAGCUUUUCAAAAGUUUUGUGUUUGACACUGAAAAUUACUUGGAACAUUUGAAAAGAUUUUGA